AUGGACUACCUGCGGCGGAGUGCAAGAGUAUCAAGGCUGCAACAUGUGACUAAUGAGGCCAUUAGGGAUCGGUUGCAUGCCAGAGAAACUGUGUUGGAUCGUAUCGAAAUAAAAGGUCUGAGGUGGUUUGGUCACUUAAUUAGAAUGCCUGAACAGCGAUGGCCUAAGCGGAUAUUUGAAUGGGUCCCGCCAGGGCGGAGGAAGCGAGGAAGGCCGAGGCGCUCUUGGAACGAGGGAAUACGCAAGUCUAUGGAGCAGAGACAGCUGAAUGUGGAAACGGCACAGGAUCGAGAGGCUUGGAGAAGAGGACUGGGUAGACGGCAUUAG